AUGAUGAAUAAAAGUGAACUCAAGUAUAUGACUUAUUCAGGCGUCAUGGAAAACGUGUCCGCGGUUAUGGAUAAUAUUAGCCUGACAAUUUUCGACAGUCUUGCGACGUCUACGACGUACCCAAAGGACGAUGGCACCUCCGGCUACACGGACUCCGCUCAGAACGGAGCAGUCGGCAAUUGUGCUACGUGGAACGGAACUGGGAAUUCUAGCAUCGAUUGUUCACCUAUCAUGAUUGAUCUUAUAUAUCAUCCGAUAAUAUAUAAGGUAGUUUGGCUUCUUUGCUGGGGACUGGUUCUUUUAUGUGGUCUCGUCGGUAAUAUAAUGGUCGUCUUAGUGGUGUGUCGUAUAAGUCACAUGCGCACCCCAACGAACUGUUACCUUGUUAGUUUGGCGAUCGCCGACUCGUUGGUUCUGAUCGUCGCUUGCUUGCCUAGUAACGUGGAACUGUUUCUCCCUUCUAAUAUCUGGCCUUACGGGAACAUUGGAUGUAAACUAUCAAUUUAUUUGCAGUACGUAGCUAUUAACGUGUCGUCGCUGUCUAUCACGGCGUUCACUAUCGAACGCUACAUCGCCAUUUGUCACCCCAUGAGGGCUCAGACCAUCUGCACUGUGUCCCGGGCGAAGAAGAUCAUCGCAGCGCUGUGGAUAUUCGCGAUUCUCUACUGCGUCCCCUGGCUCUUCUUCGUGGAGACAAAACCCCUGACCCUGAUUACAGGCAGGCAAGCAGAAUGGUGUAUGUACUCGAAAGAUAGGUCGACCGAGAUUUACACGUUUAUGUACAUGGUCGACUUGUGCGCUUUCUACGUAACUCCCGCGAUACUAUCAGUUGUUCUGUACGGACUCAUCGCCAAAAUACUGUUCACUAACACAGUGCCGCAAAACGCCACGAGGAACAGUUUUCGACAUAAGCAUAAAAAUGGUGUUGGAAAGAAAGAGGGUAGGAGGAAAACCACGAAUUCCCGAAAACAGGUAAUCAAGAUGUUAGUGGUCGUGGUGGUGUUGUUUCUGACGCUGUGGGCGCCCUAUCGCAUAUUGGUGGUUUAUAACUCGGUUGUCGACAAACCUGACGAAUACUCCAAUGCGUGGUACAUCGCUUUUUCCAAGUGGUGUAUCUUUCUCAACAGUGCUAUAAAUCCUAUACUUUACAACUUCAUGUCGAUUAAGUUCCGUCGUGCCUUCAUACGACUAUGUGGCUGCGGCGCCAGAUCAGAGGAGUAUUUAUACACCCGGACCGAAACUGUAACCACGCGUACAACACCAAACAAUCAACAACCAAUGGUGUCGACCGCCUACAAACCUGCCCGAUACGUCACCGUAGAAGAUGACAAUACGCGCGCUUGAUUGAUUUAACAUUUCAGAUUUCUGCUUAACAUUUUAUGAGAACAAAUUGAAUUGAAGCGAGAUAUUUUUACUGAUUUCAUCCAACCCCCACAUACGAUAGAUUUUACUCAGAGCCAACAGAGAAUACUAGUAUAUUCCAGGUGGUAUUGUACACUCCACGCACGCGCAGAUGCCGGUGAAAAUGGAACACAGGCACAGCCUCGGUCAACACUACUUUAUACAAACAAAAUAGAACAUUUCAAAUAAAAAAAA